AUGAAGAUAAAAGAUACGAUGAUUGUCAAGUUGUUGGUGUUUGCUCUGUUGAUUGGCACCGGUGCCAGCGAUUCUCACCUUCGCCCCGUGGCCAGUCCGGAACCCAAUGAGAAAGCAUCAUCGCUUGCCGCGACCACUACUGGUACUGCUGUCGGAAAUGAAUUCCACCGAUUCCUCCAAUUGGAUGCACUCGUCUUGAAUAGUUUGGUUGAUCUGUUUGUCCCCGAGUUGGCAGACGAAGUUCAGAACCUCGCCAAGGAAAACAUGGACCCGGUCGACAUCAACUACAGCACUUUGGAAGAUCAGGGAGAAUUGGAUCUCAACGUCAACAGAACUUUUUGCAACCACACUACCGCCAUUGUCGUUGCUACCUAUGCUAUUGGGGUGGUUACCGGUAUGGGCACCAUGCAGGUCAACAGUCUCGAGCUGGUACCCGGCACGGCCAACAUCAAUCUUCCACCCUUUUCCAUCAUUCCCGGGGCAGCUGUCACCACGUGGGAGGGCGUUUGGGAUGUCGACGCAAAUUUUGUCAACUUUACAGCAGCCACGGUAGCCACUCUGGCCAAGACAUUUUGUAAUUUUACUUUUGAAGAAUCACUGGCGGGGGACAGUGUGAUCGUGUCCCCAACAGCCACCGUGAGGAUAAAGUUGGAGGGAGAGACGAAUAACAUUUACGACUUCCAAGCCUCCAGUCAACUCAAUGCCGCAACAAUUCAAUCCUUUACUGUGGGAUACCAGUCCAUUGUCGCUCAGAUUGGGACUUGGACCGACUGGGUCACUCUGGAUGCAGAUGAGCCCUUGGUAGAAAUUGGCAACGAGGGAUUUGCUGGUGACAUCAGAGACCUGAUAUUGGAACAGAUGCAGAACGGACUCAACGAUGCCAUGCCCUACAGCCUAGGAGGAUAA